AUGCAAUAACUGAUGAGUAUAUAUAUGAUAAUAAUCAACUUGAUAGCAGUGCUUAUGGUAGUAUGGAUGAAAUGGAUGAUAUGCCACAAGGUUUGUACAGUAGAUAUUGUACAGUAUCACAGAAUGUAUAGAUUAAGUUCUUUGUAUAGUGAUUGACUGAUUGUGCAACAAUCGGAAAUUACCGAUUAUUCAUGCAUGGCACAAUCUGCCAGUACCGAUGCCGAUUUUGUAAUGACGUCAUAAGAUCAGUCGACCGAUUAAGGUGACGUCUUUCGUGUCGAUUUUUAACGAUAAUUUCCAACGUAACAUGUUACUGCAACCAAAGAUUGUUAAAACCGUUAAUAAAUGGGAAGCGUGACGCAUUAAUUUAACAUAUUGCGUUAAAUCGCAACGUGUGUCAACGUGCAAUGCAUAUAAUUUUUGAAGUGUGCAUUUUCUCAACAAUCGGUUUUCGACAAUCGGAAAUAUAGAAAUAUAAAAUUCUAUCGAUUCCGAUUGUCUACCGAUAGGGCAAAAAUCGGCUCGAUACCGAUAACGAUUAUCGGUUAGUCACUAUCUUUGUACGCUUGCAUGGCAAGAAAUAUAACUUGUUUUGGUUUGUGAAAAACACGACGUAGAUUUAUUCUUGCAAUAAUAUAUGCAAUAAUAUACGUGGUGUUUUAAUAAUAUGUACACUACCAAUAUGCAAUAGAUGCAAUAUACUGUAAUAUACUUGCGUUAACAUAUCCGAUAAUAAUAUACUGUAUAUACUCCGAGCACCGUAGUACACCCUUCCGGCAAGCAGGUCACUUUGGCUAUCGAGCCUCGUUUUUGUGAUUGAGUCACAAACUAGUGUCACAUACACGAAAACGAGGCUUUGUGGCCAAAAUGUACUUCCUUUCCGAAAGGUGUACUGGGGGGACCUGUGGUGGUUUCCCUAUAGCCCGUAUAUAUAUAUAUAUAUAGAUUAACAAUUGCAUACGUAAUUGUAUUAUUGUAGAUAGGAAUGUGUUGGAGCUCAGGGGCCGGUUAUUCAAAAGCCAGUUAGGUUUAUCCUUCGCCGAGGUUAACAAAAAGCUUCAAAGCAAUCUCUUCAACAGCUUGGUUAUAAAGUUGGAGAUCUUUUUCCAGAAAUCAUGUCUGGAUGAAUAGAAAUCUUAUUUUCAAAAGUUUGAAACAAACGAACAGGCAGAAAUACACAAACCAACACAGGGGGUUAAAUUCUAACCAAGACUUAGCGCUAAUCCAACUUUGAACAACCGGCCCCAUGAGUAGGCCGUCGUGCAGUGGAUAUAGCUAAGAAACCGUGAAUACUAGUUAGCCCUAAAAAUUAGCCCUAAAACACUUUGAGGUGUCCUUCGUCAGGACAGUUAACGCCUCUCAGUGCGCAGCUCAGUAAACUAGAGCGACGUCGGUGGGGUAGUCAUCAGAGCAAGCGCCUUUCAUCUCGGAGUUCGUGGGUUCGAUUCUCGCUAUGGACUCAUGUGAAAAGAGUCAGUCAACGCUCUGCCGAAAGUCAUGGGUUUUCUCCGAGUGCUCCGGUUUCCUCCCACAGGGAAAGUUGACAGGGUGGGUUAGGAUAAACACAGUUAAGAAAGUAAUAUCUCAAUUGUCGUAAAGAUAAAAUAGUCUAGGCUAAGCAUGUAAUUAGGUAAGCGUAAUACUUGAUGUAAAGCGAAUUUGAUCAUAUUAUCCACAUGUAAAUUUACGCUAUAGAAAUACUAAAUUAAAUCGUAAAUUAAUGCUAAUCGUAAACACAUGGGUGAACUGUUACAAUGAAAAUAUUCCGUAAUUCUCAAAUGUAACUUGGCAAGCGAGCACCGGAACCUGCAAAUGUGAAAAGCUUGAAAUCGGUGUCAAUGGAGUGAGUAGACUUGCUCCAAGUCUCUCUUUCAUUGUCAUAUAGUAUCGAUCCACUAUAGUGUACAUUACAUGACGUAGUACGGAGGGGCGGAGCGAGAAAGUGAGACUUGUCAACUUCGGAAAAUCUCGGUUCAAAACUGAACCGAAAAUGCAACGUUUUAAUUGUUUUCCUUCAAUUUCUUUCUCUAUUAUUUACUAUAAUGGAACUCGUGUUAUUUACACUGUGCUAGAUCAAUACAUAUAAACACUGACAGAAAACAAUUAAAGCAAGUCUUGCAUUUUCGGUUCAGUUUUGAACCGAGAUUUUCUGAAGUUGACAAGUCUCUCUUUCUCGCUCCGCCUCUCUGCGCUACGUCAUGUAAUGUACACUAUAGUGGAUCGAUACUAUACGACAAUGAAAGAGAGACUUGGAGCAAGUCUAUGGAGUGAGCGGUAUAGCUUUCCAUAACUUUGUUUUAUCAUAAAACUGCUGUACUGUAGUUCCAUGUCUGUACUUUCUCCAGAUCAAACAAGUUUUUUUCUCAUUCCCCUUAUAUAUAUGGAACCUUUUAAUACAUUCGGCAUACCUAUAAUAACGUACUAGGCAAAUAAUAUAUACUAACUAAACCUACGAAAUAUAAUAUUGAAUUUUUAUAAUAUUGAAUUUAGAAUGUUGAGCAAUCCAUCACUUAAUUAGUUCAAUUCAUGUAGAUGUAUUGUUCCACAUUCGCAUACAAUCCUCUAUUCUGUAGGUCCUAUAUUACGGCGCUCAGCAGUUGGUAAAGAUAAUACUACGAAAUCUAAUCCUCAACAAAGUACGUUCCAAUCAGACGAUAUAGAUGAAGAACCACAAGGUUUGUUUGAAAGAAUAUAUGGUUUUGUAUAAACGUAAUUAUGUAAAGCAUUGCAAAACUGAUUCUUCGGUAAAUUAUAUUUAAAUUUCAUUAGAGAAUUGCGGUGGUACAGUCCGGUCUCAUGGGUGAUCUUGUUUGACAAAAUUAAAUUACCAAGGUAGCUCGAUCAGGCUUUAAACUACUUGCAUUACGAGCUGGACACUCCAAUGUACGCAUGCGCAGAACGGACUGUACCGCAUCUUUGUCUCAGCACUACAGCAAUUAGUCCUUUACAUUCAUUGGCAAAUGGACUUCCUGUCGCGAAAUUACCGAUGCCGCGUGAAUAUUUUGACUCAAGUUCUUUAGAGGAUAAGACAGUCUAUCUGCCGCAAGUGCAAAUCACGACAAUGUUUAAAAUUAUUAUAUCAUUUAUAUGGAUAUGGGUGUUUUACUGGAAACUAAACUUUUCACUAGUGAAUUAUGAAAAAAAUAUGUAACGCGUGUGUUUCCUCGCGCGACCGUCGCGAGUUUUCCCGCUUUGUUUUGUUUUUAUCAACAAUGGCAGCCCGAGUUUUUUCUGAAGUUUUUGACAAUGACUUAAUACGAUUUUCGGAAGAAAACGGGAACGAUUUUACGUUUUUGAAUUUGUAAUUAUAGGCCUACACAAGUUUCAUGCGGUUUCCAAAUAAAGUCUGUUCUUAUUGAGUUUCUUUUCAUUUUUGUCCAUAAUGACUCCAUAUGAAAAGAACAUCACACGGAGGCUCGAAGAUAUGAAUAUUAUUUUCUCGUGUUAAAAACAAUAUUUUACUCACUCGCUGCGCUCAUUCGCAAAAUAUUGUUUUUACCACUCGAAAAUAAUAUUCAUAUUUUCUCGCCACCGUGUGAUAUCCUAUAUUUAUUUAUCACACUGCAAUUCCCUGUGUGAAGGGGAUGUCUGAAACGUACGCCAAGUACGUGACAAACCCCACGGACUUCCGUCAUCAUCCAGCGUAUUUGAUUACAAACCAAGUGUACAGUGCACUUGUUGUGUGAUAUAUUAUGCCGUACUAGUGAUGCACCGAUAUGGAAAUUCACCAAUAUUCCGAUAACCGAUAUUGAAGGACCGAUAUUUUGCCGUUACCAAUACCGAUAUUCUAUGUUAUUUCACAAAAUUCAAAGAUGACAUCAUGACAGUUCUACUUUAAUACUUAAUUCAAUUCGUUUGUUUCGAAAUACUGAAAAUAUCAAAUGAAAUGCUGCAAAUGCAUGCAACAAACUAGUAUAUUACAGUACUACGCCAGUGACUGUUUAUUUGUAAUAAAAAUAACUAUUGAACUGCAACUAUAAACAAUCAUUAAUAUUUAAUAACAGUUUGUAAUAUCUGUAAUAUCAACAACAAAAUUACCGAUACCCAUAUUUCUAUUUUAGUACCGAUAAGCCGAUACUGAUACACUGAUAUGGAUAUCGGUGCAUCACCAGGGGUUUAUCCAAGCAAUUUUGCUGACCCCCGUUUUAGAAAAGAAGAUUCAGUUUUUCUGACGCAGGAAUGUAGCAAAGGGGCAAAGUCCCUGAAAGAUUUUGCUACUUCCGCAUCUUAGACUAUGUUGCCGCUUAAUUCGUUGCUCGGAUGUAACCGCGUGGUUUGUGAUUGUAAACAUUGCGCGCGCAAUAUGCAUCGAUGUACUCAUAUUCGAGCGUAUUUUGGCUGCGGCUUUUUCACUCUUCCAGCUCAAGGUUGUGUAAAUUUUAGAUUUUAAUUCGAAAAAUUUACUUUCUAUUUGUAAUAUUAAAUUUUUUGUUAUUCUUCAAUCAUUCCAUUUUGUGCUGAUUUGAUCGAAAUAUUUAUCAGAAAUCCAAACAUGCAUGCCAUCUAAGCAUGGUGGGCACAAGACACAAAAUAUACGAUAGAGGUAGCUUUAUAACAUAAACAUGACGUUUUAUUUUGAAAAACAAAACAGCUCAAAUAACCCUGUUUCUUGGAAUUCCAAAAACUGAAGCGUGUGAAAAUGAUUUUUUGUUGUUUUUUCUUUUCGUUGGGGGAAAGAUUCAGUUUAAAAACUCAAUCCAAGAUUGAUUUUUGACCCAUGUCUCGCUGUUUUGCCUGUGUCAGGAUCAGUGAGCUCUAUACAUAUCAUCUGGAGCAAGAACUUCAGUCAUUUGGACCCAGUAUAUAUGGAGCUCACUGGUCAGGGAAACAUGAAUCUAUAACAAGAAGACAUGUUGAGCAACCGCCAGUGAUCCCAAACUCAAUAUGCGCAAGAUAAUGUGCAGACGGGUAUAAAUUGUCAAUUAUGUCUUCGUACUUCGUUCUCUUGCUCAACACUCUAAUGUCACAUGCAUGAAAACGAGGCUCUAUAGCCAAAGUGACGUAUUUAAUGAUAAUCUACUGUGAUUUCACGUUAAAUUUCUAUACAAAUCAAUGUAGCUCCUAUAUUACGGCGCUCAGCACUUAGUAAAGACAAUACCACGAAAUCUAAUCUUCAACAAACGUUCCAAUCAGAGGAUAUAGAUGAAGAACCACAAGGUUUGUUGAAAAGUCCACAUAUGCUUUGAUUUCCUGUAAAUCUAGACCAUUGCCAAAAAUACAUGUUGUAAAUGUUGUACAGUAUAGGCUAUAGUAGCUAGCUUUUUCAUACUUUUGGUUCUGUUGGUAAAGUACAGUAUACAUAUUAUGCAGUCUGCGUGAAGUAAAUGGUAUUUAGUAUUAAAGGAAGUGUGGGCAAAUAUAGGAAGCAGAUAAAUAUUUGGGUUUUAGAUCCCCAGAUAAUUUUAUACUGUAGAAAUUUUUUAGAAACGUUUUGCACACUUCCAUAGUAUGGAUAUUUUCCAGAAAGAAGCGUGGAAAUUUUCUAGAAAACCUAGAAAAUGUAUGGAAAUGGUUCAAAUUUUCCAGUGAUAUUCCUUUGUUAAACGCUUUUCUCAACUUCAGACAGGUGUAAAUGAUUUGGUGCCUAGAGCCCCCUACCCUCUCCAUUCCCAACUUUCAUGUGUAUAAUCAUGCAUUAACACAGUAGUGUUUUUAUGUAGGUCCCAUACUCCGAAGAUCAGCUCUUGGCAAAAACAGUCCUAAAAUUAGUCAGUCCGAUGAUAUGGAUGAUGAAAUGCAAGGUAACAAUUUUGUGCCAUAAUAGAAGAAGAGAUGCAUUAAUCCUUAGGAUGUCUUUCAA